ACAGGCCCGUAAUCUUCUUCCCUUCAGUUCCGUUAAUCCAAUCCUGUAUUGCUCUCGCCCUUUCCUUUUUCUUUCUUGUCCUCCUCGCUUCUUCAAGUUCCAGCCUUCCAUCCAUCCCCCGCAUCCAAAGUACAACCCGACCCGACCCCACCUCGCGCGCGCCGCACCACACGCCGCACGCGCUCCGAACCGUCUGGAACGGUGGAACCAGGAGCGCAGCGGAGGCGGCGGGAGAGGCGGCAACAUGGGCGAGUACUGCGCCGCCGCGGAGGCGGACUCCGCGCUCACGACGGCGGCGUCCGCGGUGCCGCCGACACGCGCCUCGCAGUCCCCGCCGGCGGCGGGCAACCCGCGUUACGGGAGCUGCGACCGCCGGUACAUGAAGCAGGUCUUCGACAACCUCCACGGGAGCAUCUCGCUCGACCCGUUGGCUCUGCAGUUUGUGGAUACCGAGGAGUUUCAGAGGUUGCGGGACCUAAAACAACUCGGUCUUACAUAUUAUGUCUACCCUGGAGCUGUCCACACACGCUUUGAACAUUCAUUAGGUGUUUAUUCGUUGGCUGGGGAGGCUAUGAACAAUCUUAAAAUGUAUCAGGGAGAAGAGCUUGGAAUUGAUCACGUCGACAUGCAAACUGUAAAGCUUGCAGGCCUCUUGCAUGAUAUUGGUCAUGGCCCCUUCAGUCAUUUGUUUGAGCAUGAGUUUCUUCCUCGUGUUAUUCCUGGAUCAACCUGGUCCCACGAAGAGAUGUCUGUACUUCUGUUGGACAGUAUUGUUGACAAACACACAAUAGAUAUUGAAGCUGAUUAUCUCAAAAUGGUAAAGGAGAUGAUACUUGCCAGCUCUAAGUUUGCCACCACAAAAAGUGCAAAGGAGAAGCAUUUUCUUUAUGACAUUGUUGCUAAUGGUCGCAAUGGUAUAGAUGUUGACAAGUUCGACUACAUUGGCCGUGAUUGCAGAGCAUGUGGUCUUGGCUGUAAUUUCCAGUAUUGGAGGUUAACAGAAGGCAUGCGAGUGAUGGGUGACGAAAUUUGUUAUCCAGCCAAAGAUUACCUGAGCAUCCAUAAAUUGUUUACAACACGUGCUGAUCUGCACCGGACUGUUUACACCCAUGCCAAAGUAAAGGCUGUUGAACUCAUGCUUGUGGAUGCGCUCAUUGAGGCUAAUGAUUACUUGGGAAUAUCAUUGCAUGCAAAUGACCCAGAAGAUUUUUGGCAGCUGGAUGACACAAUCAUUAAAAGCAUUGAAACUGCUCCCAACAAUGAACUGAAGAAAGCAAAAGAAAUCAUUCAACGUAUUCGCCGAAGAGAACUCUACAAGUUUUGCAAUCAGUAUUCUGUUCCAAAGGACAAACUGGAGCAUUUUAAAAAUAUAACUGCACAGGACAUUGUUUGUUCGCAGAAAUCUUCUGAGGUGCUGCUGAAGGAAGAGGAUGUUGCAGUCAGCAAUGUUAAGAUUGAUCUGACCCGCGGAAAAGAUAGCCCCCUUGAAAGCAUCAAGUUCUUUAAGGACUUCGGAUGCGAUCAGAAGUUCCCCAUCACAGAUGAUCGGGUCAGCCACUUGCUACCUGCCUACAAUGAAGAUAGAAUCGUGAGGGUCUAUGCUAAGAAGCCCGAGUUGGUCGAAGCAGUGUCAGAAGCCUUUGAAAACCUCCAGUUGAGAAUAUAUGGCGAAAAGACUCAAGUGCAUGAUACGCCCAAGAAGAAGCGGACUAGACUCAACUAACCAGUGGAUUUUGUCAAAUAUCAGUCUUAGAUAGUAUACGACACAGGAAAAUAGCUUGACAAACAAGAAGAAAGCAACCUCUUAGCUAAAGCGUCCCGGUAUUCACAGGUUUUAGAUGGUAAUCUGCACUGGGAAGAUGUGGAUAUUUUGUACAGGUGGCAUACAAACAGAAUAGUCUGGAGUGUAAAAAACUCUUGUUAACGAUGCUACCGUAUGUUGCCACAGGAUGGCCAGCGAGCUAAAUACUACAAAUGGAAGUAGCCAUAUAUUUGGCAGGUUUUUUAAUGUA